AUGUAUGAUGAACAUGUUCAAAAAAUAGCAAAUUCGUAUAAAAAUGGUGAUCUUAUCGGUAUUGCAAUUAAUAAGGUCGAUAGGACCAACUGUGAUCCUAAAGUUAUGCCAUGCAUCAUUGAAAAACGUUCUGAUAAUAAAAAUAGUCCAACUUAUUUUCUCAUUAGUCCUUUCGGUCGAUUAUCAACACCUUUUCCAGUACAUCAACUCAUACCUAUGUCAGGUAUCAAACCAAUAUCAUUACAAAAUAUAGAUUAUGAUACUAUAAAAACAGUAACACUUAUACAAGCAUCAAGAUUAUUCGCACGUGGUAAUCCUUCUGCAACAUGUGAUUGUAAAACAAAAUGUGAGAAAAAAACAUGUCCUUGUCGUCGUGCUUCAAUUGCUUGUUCAACUAAAUGUCAUGCUAAACUCGGUAAAUGUAUGAACACUGAAUAA